CCGUGCUCCGCCGCCGCCCAGGAACCGCCGGUCGGAGGGGUUGCCUCGUCCGGAGUCGCGCCCAGGGGGCCGGCCCGGAGGACGACGCCCGCCCCGGUCACGGUCGUUGGGAUCGCUCCCCAAAAUCGUGUUGCGAUCACGUUCGCCGCCACGAUCUCGUUCACCACCGCUCCCGCCACCAGAUCCGCCGCGGUUUCCACCGCCGCCGCCACCAGAUCCGCCACGGUUUCCGCCGCCGCCACCAUAGCCGCCACGGUUUCCACCGCCGCCGGGUGCGUUGCGAUCACGGUCUCCGCCGCCGCCGUAGCCGCCACGGUUUCCACCGCCGGCGGGUGCGUUGCGACCACGGUCACCGCCACGGUCUCGAUCACCGCCGGCGGGUGCGUUGCGAUCACGGUCACCGCCACGGUCUCGAUCACCGCCGGCGGGUGCGUUGCGAUCACGGUCUCCGCCGCGGUCUCGGUCUCCGCCGACGGGUGCGUUGCGAUCACGGUCUCCGCCGUAGCCGCCGCGGUUUCCACCGCCGCCACCACCGUAACCGCCACGGUUUCCACCGCCGCCGCCACCUCGCGGGCCUCGAUCUCCACCACGAUCUCCACCGCCGCCGCCUCGCGGGCCUCGAUCUCCACCACGGUCUCGAUCACGGUCGCCGCCAAAGUUGCUGCGUUCUGGACGCGGCGGUGGCGGCGAGUCGUCGCCCAACAGGGCGCGCCGCGACAGAUUGAUGCGGCCCAUGUGGUCGAUCUCCCGGAUCAUUACGGUAAUUUCCUGGCCCAUUCC